UCUGGUGUAAGAAGAGGAAGGUGUGUGUCUGUUGUGUAUAAAGAUAUAAGCUUUUCCCCUUUGUCUUGUUUAUUGGAUUAAAAACCCUAAUCUUUGCACCCCCAAAAUCAUUGAUUCCCGACCAGAGAAAAAACAAACCCUAAUUGGAGAAUUUGGGGGCGGGUUGGGUCAAAACCCUAAAAUUGCAAGUGUGGAAGUUGCAGCAUCGAUGAGAAGAGCAGGGGUUGGGGAGGAGGAGGUAUCGGAGAUCAAGAACACGGCGUAGAUGCAUGUCGCCGGAGUGAGCUUGGAUCUGAACUGGUUCCUGCAAUUGAUAUUCACUCUGUUCGUUUUAGCGUUUGGGGUGCUACACUUGGUCAAGAACACGGCGUCGAAGUACUUUGAGGUCGACGCCAAUUUCGACGGUGGUGAUCGGACGCCCCAAAUGCCCGGUGUGCUCAUCAACGAUCCCGCCUGCGCCGUCUGCGGCGGUUCCGGCGUCAAGAAGUGCUCUCGCUGCAAAGCCGUUAAAUACUGCUCGCAAAAGUGCCAGACAGAACAUUGGAGAUCAGGUCAUAAGACUGAAUGCAAUGAUAUACUAGCUGGCAGAAUCAGCUCAGCUCAAAACACAUCGAGUAAUGGUAGAUUUAAAACUCCUAUGCGUAAAAAUUUCAAAGGAAUUGCACUUGUUCCUACUCAUGGAAUCAUCUCUAAGCGUUUCAAGCAGCCAAAAAAGAUUCUUUUCCCCUAUGAUGAAUUUGUUGAACUUUUCCAUUGGGAGAAGGCCGAAUUUCCUCCUUGUGGGCUCUUAAACUGCGGGAACAGUUGCUUUGCCAACGUUGUUCUCCAGUGCCUUUCAUCCACUCGACCACUUGUUGCGUACUUGUUAGAGAAGGGCCAUCGGAAAGAAUGCAUACGGGAUGAGUGGUGCUUCCUGUGUGAAUUUGAAAGCCAUCUUGAAAGAGCAAGUCAAAGUUCACAGGCCUUUUCUCCAACCAACAUUAUCUCUAGACUACCUAAUAUUGGUGGAAAUCUUGGCUAUGGGAGGCAGGAGGAUGCUCAUGAACUCAUGAGGUUUGCCAUUGAUACAAUGCAGUCAGUGUGUCUUGAUGAGUUUGGUGGAGAGAAAAAUGUUGAUCCUCACUCUCAAGAAACAACCAUCAUUCAACAUAUAUUUGGUGGUCAGCUACAAUCUCAGGUGAUUUGUUCAAAAUGCAAUAACAUAUCAAACCAAUAUGAGAAUAUGAUGGAUUUAACUGUUGAGAUUCAUGGGGAUGCUUCAUCAUUGGAGGAAUGCCUAGUCCAAUACACUGGCAGGGAGUCGCUUCAUGGAGAAAAUAUGUACAAAUGUGAUGGGUGCAAUGACUAUGUCAAGGCUUGGAAGAGACUUUCCGUUAAACGUGCUCCAAAUGUUCUGACAAUUGCCUUGAAGAGAUUUCAGAGUGGGCGCUUUGGGAAAAUUAACAAGAGAGUUACAUUCCCUGCGACGCUAGAUCUCAGUCCGUACAUGAGUGAAGCGGGAGAUGGUACAGAUAUUUACAGCCUUUAUGGUGUUGUUGUCCAUGUGGAUAUGUUGAAUGCUUCAUACUUCGGUCAUUACAUCUGUUAUACCAAGGAUUUCCUUGGAAAGUGGUACAGAAUUGAUGAUUGCAAGGUUACAACUGUUAAUUUGGAAGAGGUGCUUUCUCAGGGAGCAUAUAUGCUUUUAUAUAGCAGGGUUCAGGCACGAUCACCUUGUCUAAGCAUCCUUGAACCUUCAAGGAAAGAGGAAGAAAUGCCCAAUGCCACCCUUGAAGUAGAGACUCUCCCAAAUGAACCAGUUAAAUGUUCUGCUAUGGAGUCUGCAGAUCUGGCUCCCCAUUAUUGGUCUGGGCCAUUGGACAUUAGUCUGCCCCCACAAAUAACCAACUGUGUAGAAGACUCAUCUGCUUUACUAGAGCAUUCUGAUGGUGUUACAAAUGUGUCCAGUCUCAUAUCACCCUCAUCUGCUUCAAAAGAGGUUCACAUAAUUGAAGAAGCUACGGUCAAUUCACAGUCAAGUCCAUCCACUUCAGGGGAGAUUUCUGGUUGCGAGAAGGUUCUUGUCACUGCAUCGGAUCUGGAUAAAGUAAGAAGAGUUCCAAAUGGCGUGGAUGUAGCUAAUGACAUAUAUCGGGCUGUGUCUGAGGAGGCAUCAGAAUGCUGUGAGAAGGAUCGCUCUUCUGCAGAUGAUAUGGAGUGGGAGUCGAGCACACUCGUGGCACAGGACGUUGAAGUUUGCAAAAGCAACGGAACAAUUGAUGCAGCGAAUGAAACGGCUUCUCCAGUUGAACAUCCGGGCUUAAUGAAUGGGAACGGAUAUCAUAGAUUAGUACAGAUUGACGACGGGUAAACAAUUAAAGGUGGAUCUCUGAACAAUAAUUAUUGGUUGUUCAUAAUUCUUUAGCUCCCCUCAUCAUCAGAAGAAAAGAUUGAGCUGGGAAAUUCAUGGUCUGGGGUUUCACUAUUUGCAGAAACUCAGAUGUAUCUUAACAACUUAGUUGGAGAAUCGUCAUAAUGUAAUCGAAACAUCAUAAUGAGUUGGAAGAGGUAUUCUUUUUGGGUC